AUGGCUCUGCAAGAAGUCACGCUUUUGGGAAUUAUUAUCCUUUUCUCAGGUCACAUCCCAUCUGUGUUUACGGCUCAAAAUGUGUGCAGGACGUACAGCAGCGGUGUGUUCUCCAGCUUCAACGGGACGCUGUUUCACCUGAAGUCCAGCUGCGCAGUGACGCUCACACACUUCACUCACGCCGGAGCGGACUGUCACGUCAUCGUCCAGCGCGGGACGACCGGCCUGAUGGACCGAGUGGAGAUCAUUGUCAACAAAAUCACCACGCUCGUCCACAACAACACCGUGACCGUCGACGGCAGCAGAAUUUCCCUUCCAUAUGACCACACCUAUCAGCACGUAUUUCGUUAUGGAAUCUACACCAGACUCCAAAGCAAAGUAUUACCAUUGUCUGUCACCUGGUACAGUGUGUCUGAUGGUGUCAGUUCAGUUUGGGUGCAACUGAACCAGGGUUUAGUGGAGGGUAUGAGUGGACUUUGUGGGCAUCAGAACAGCUCAGAAACGAUGCAGCAGCUGAUUUCCAGCAGCGUCCUCCCAGAUGGUCAAUGCCUGACUCAAGACUCUGUUGUACAGACAAACACAGUUUGUAGUGGCGCUUUGUCCCAUGCAUACGAAUGUCUCGGCGCCAAAUAUAAAACCUACCUGAGUCUGUGUUAUAAAAGUAUGAAUGGUUUGUGGCAUCAUGAGGUGAACUGCUCCUUCUUCAAAGAGGUUUCUCUGAUGUGCGGCAGCUCCAGUCCAUUCUGGUCAACAUGGAGAUCCAAAACCAACUGCUCCAUGCCUCUUUGUCCUGGAGAUCUGCGUUAUGUAGAAAUGGGUCCUGCUUUUCCCCCGACCUGCAGUAACCCGCAAAACUCCACCACGGACAUCACCAGCACCUGCCUACCUGCUGAAGGAAAGGUCCUGAAUGAUCAUAUUAAAGGCUACAAUACCAUAAAUGUGGAGGAAUGUCCAUGUGUGCAUGGAAAAAUGACGUAUGCGCCGAGGCAGGAGCGCAGAACAAAAUGCCAGAGCUGUACCUGCAUCAAAGGGAAAUGGGCAUGUUCUGCAAACACGUGUCCGGUCAAGUGUAUUAUUGAGGGACAGUUCAUUACUACGUUUGAUGGCAAACAGUAUUCUGUUCCGGACAGAUGCACUUAUGUGGCUGCAAGGGGGCUUAACUGGACUUUGAACGUUCAAUAUUCUGCCCAAAGUGUCGUCAUAGAACAGGCAUAUCUCAAUAUCAACCAGGACAAAUAUACCUUCUCUGCAAACAGCAUACAACUCAACAACAUCGAUGUCAGUGACUUGUCACAAACUGAAUCCACCAUUGUUUUUUGGCAGUCCUCGAUGUUCGUUCAAGUGUACACUUUGUUUGGCCUGAAAAUGCAGGUUCAAGUCUCUCCAGAAAUUCAAAUAUAUCUGAAUUUGCCAGCGACUGAAAAUACCAAAGGUCUUUGUGGAACUUAUAACAAUGACACGAAUGAUGACUUUACCACUUUUAGUGGCAUCAUAGAAAGCUCUGUUCAGCUUUUCACCCAGUCCUGGUCAAUAGGCAGUUGCACACCAAUAACCGGAUGUAUAAACACUAACAAUGAGCUGUUUGCUGAGCAGGGCUGUGAUCAGCUGAGAGAUCCAGAAGGAGUGUUUGCUGAGUGUCACGAUUAUGUUCCCGUUGCUCCCUUUGUUGAGGCUUGUGUUAAGAGAACGUGUCAGUGCUCCAGAGCAUUGCAGGAUUGUUUGUGCGUCUCCUUCGGGAACUACGCAAAAGCCUGUGUGGCUCAAGGGAUCAUGGUUAAAGACUGGAGAUCUGGGACAAACUGCGUUCCUCCAUGUAUAGGCAACCUGAUGUUCGCUUACGCCACUAUGGCUUGUAACCACACCUGCCGCUCCCUGUCGGCCCCUGAUCCCACCUGUGCAGUGCUGGAUGACCCUGUGGAGGGGUGUGGAUGUACAUCGGACUCUCACCUGGACAACCAGCAGACCUGCAGCCCUAAGACACUGUGCAGCUGCUACCAUCCAGGAGGAGUCGCACCUCCAGGACCAGUGGUUAUCGGUGGACGCCAAUGCUUGUGUGAAAAUGGACAGCUACGGUGUCCCCAAAUUUGCAAUUGCACAGCAGGAAAGAUUUGUGUGGACUGCUCACAAAUACCCGUGAACACGGCCCAUAGAACAUGUGGAAGCUUGAUCAAACCUGUAAGUAAUGAUGGCAGCUGUUUCAGUGGCUGUUAUUGUCCGGGUGGUCUUUUUGAAGAUCAUAACGGUGGUUGUGUGACUCGUGAUAACUGUACCUGCGAAUUCAGCGGGAGAGUUUUCGAAACUGGACAGAGUGUGCUGACUAACUGUAAAACAUGCACAUGUAGAGGUGGCGAAUGGUCCUGUGUUGAUGAGGAAUGUUCAGGAACGUGUUCGGUGUUUGGGAAUGGACAGUAUCAAACAUUUGACUCCAAAUGGUACAGAUUCGACGGAAAUUGUCAGUACACCUUAGUUAAGGACGCCAGUUCAAGUGGGAGGUUUGCAGUUAAAACUGAAAGUGUUCCUUGUUGUGAUGAAUCGUUGACGUGUUCCCGUGCCAUUUCAGUGGAGCUCCUGGGCACGGUCACUCUAAUUCUGAGUGAUAUGAAGGUAACAGAGAGACUUCCAGCAGGGGGCGCUGUGCUGGCCGAGCCUCUGUAUUCAAUCCACAUGGUGGGCCUUUACAUCAUCAUCUCAGCUCCCAAACUGGGCAUCACUGUAAUCUGGGACAAACAUACCAGGGUCACCAUUCAACUGGAGCAUCAGUGGAGAGGCCGAGUGUUGGGGCUUUGUGGGAACUUUGAUGGAAAGGUGACCAACGACCUCCUGACAAGCAGCUCCUCAGAAGUUUUCAGUGUUCUGGACUUUGGGAAUAGCUGGAAGACAGCAACUCCACCGUGCUCUGAUGUGAUCAAUGAAGUAUUUCCCUGUGAAAAACACUCCUACUGUGCAGCCUGGGCCCAGCGGCGAUGUAUGAUUCUGAAUUCAGACACCUUUAAAGACUGCCAUCUUAAGGUUGAUCCAGAGCCGUAUUACCAGGCAUGUGUGUUGGAGUCUUGCUCUUGUGAGUUUGAAGGAAAGUUUCUCGGUUUCUGCACUGCUGUGGCAGCUUACGCAGAGGCAUGCAGUGCAAAGGAUGUCUGCGUCAACUGGAGAACCCCAGAUUUGUGUCCGGUGUAUUGUGACUAUUACAAUGAAGUGGGCCAGUGCACCUGGCAUUACAAUCCCUGUGGCCAGGUUAAGACCUGUGGCACUAAUAACCGCUUUACGGGAAAGCUUGAAGGUUGCUAUCCAAGGUGCCCUGAGGGGACCCCAUAUUAUGAUGAAAACAUUGGUAAAUGCACCACUUUGAACAACUGCAGUUGUAGCUUCAUGAACAGAGUGUUGUCACCUCCUGAUGAAAUGUGCACUGGUCAUACAUGCUGUAAAUGCUUUGAGGGACAAAUCGACUGCAAUGACACAAUGACACCAACAACUGAGAGCACAACAAAAUACACAACACAGUCUCCAACAACUGAGAGCACAACAAAAUACACAACUCAGUCACCAACAACUGAGAGCACAACAAAAUACACAACACAGUCUCCAACAACUGAGAGCACAACAAAAUAUACAACACAGUCUCCAACAACUCAGAGCACAACAAAAUACACAACACAGUCUCCAACAACUAAGAGCACAACAAUAUACACAACACAGUCACCAACAACUAAGAGGACAACAAUAUACACAACACAGUCACCAACAACUAAGAGCGCAACAAAGUCAACAACAACCAAGAGCACAACUCAGCCACCAACGACUCCGAGCACAACACAGUCACAGACAACUCAGAGCACGACAAAAUACACAACACAGUCUCCGACAACUGCGAGUACAACAAAACAAACACCGUCAACUACAGCGAAAGAAACAACAGCACAACCACCAACUUCAGAGAACACAACCCCAAUACAGGAAUCCACAACUGAAUUAUUUGCAACUACAGUGAAAGAAAAAACAACAACAACUCAACCACCGACUUCAGAGAGCACAACCGCACUGCUAAUGUCAACUGAAAGCACAACAGAAUCAUAUGCAACUACAGCUGAAGUAACAACAACAACAACACAACCAUCAACUUCAGAGAGCACAAGUGCAACUCAAGAAUCAACAACUGAAAGCACAACAGAAUCAUAUGCAACUAUAUCAGAAGAAACAACAACAACACAACCAUCAACUUCACAGAGCACAAGUUCAACUCAAGAAUCAACAACUGAAAGCACAACUGAAUCAUAUGCAACUACAUCAGAAGAAACAACAACAACAAGAACACAACCACCGACUUCAGAGAGCACAACCCCAAUGCAAGAAUCAACAACCAAAAGCACAACUGAAUCAUAUAGAACUACAUCGGAAGAAACAACAACAACACCCCUACCAACUUCAGAGAGCACAACCACAAUUCAAGAAUCAACAACUGAAUCAUAUGAAACUACAGCAGAAGGAACAACAACAAAACCACCAACUUCAGACACAACCACAACACAACUACCAUCAACUGAAGGAACAACAGAGUACACAACCACAACACAACUACCAUCAACUGAAGGAACAACGGAGUACACAACCACAACACAACUACCAUCAACUGAAGGAACGACGGAGUACACAACCACAACACAACUACCAUCAACUGAAGGAACGACGGAGUACACAACCACAACACAACUACCAUCAACUGAAGGAACAACGGAGUACACAACCACAACACAACUACCAUCAACUGAAAAAACCACAGAAUACACAACCACAACACAACUACCAUCAACUGAAGGAACAACAGAAUACACAACCACAACACAACUACCAUCAACUGAAGGAACAACAGAAUACACAACCACAACACAACUACCAUCAACUGAAGGAACAACGGAGUACACAACCACAACACAACUACCAUCAACCGAAGAAACGACAGAAUACACAACCACAACACAACUACCAUCAACUGAAGGAACAACGGAGUACACAACCACAACACAACUACCAUCAACUGAAGGAACAACGGAGUACACAACCACAACACAACUACCAUCAACUGAAGAAACAACAGAGUACACAACCACAACACAACUACCAACAACUGAAGGAACAACGGAGUAUACAACCACAACACAACUACCAUCAACCGAAGGAACCACGGAGUACACAACCACAACACAAUUACCAUCAACUGAAGGAACCACGGAGUACACAACCACAACACAAUUACCAUCAACUGAAGGAACCACGGAGUACACAACCCCAACACAACUACCAUCAACUGAAGAAACGACGGAGUACACAACCACAACACAACUACCAUCAACUGAAGGAACAACGGAGUACACAACCACAACACAACUACCAUCAACUGAAGGAACCACGGAGUACACAACCACAACACAAUUACCAUCAACUGAAGGAACCACGGAGUACACAACCACAACACAAUUACCAUCAACUGAAGGAACCACGGAGUACACAACCCCAACACAACUACCAUCAACUGAAGAAACGACGGAGUACACAACCACAACACAACUACCAUCAACUGAAGGAACAACGGAGUACACAACCACAACACAACUACCAUCAACUGAAGGAACGACAGAAUACACAACCACAACACAACUACCAUCAACUGAAGGAACCACGGAGUACACAACCACAACACAAUUACCAUCAACUGAAGGAACCACGGAGUACACAACCCCAACACAACUACCAUCAACUGAAGAAACGACAGAGUACACAACCACAACACAACUACCAUCAACUGAAGGAACAACAGAGUACACAACCACAACACAACUACCAUCAACUGAAGAAACGACAGAGUACACAACCACAACACAACUACCAUCAACUGAAGGAACAACAGAGUACACAACCACAACACAACUACCAUCAACUGAAGAAACGACAGAAUACACAACCACAACACAACUACCAUCAACUGAAGAAACGACAGAGUACACAACCACAACACAACUACCAUCAACUGAAGGAACAACAGAGUACACAACCACAACACAACUACCAUCAACUGAAGAAACGACAGAGUACACAACCACAACACAACUACCAUCAACUGAAGGAACAACAGAGUACACAACCACAACACAACUACCAUCAACUGAAGAAACGACAGAAUACACAACCACAACACAACUACCAUCAACUGAAGAAACGACAGAGUACACAACCACAACACAACUACCAUCAACUGAAGGAACAACAGAGUACACAACCACAACACAACUACCAUCAACUGAAGAAACGACAGAAUACACAACCACAACACAAGCACCAACAAGUGACAGCACAACUCAACCAUUUAAAAGACCAUCAACGACUAAGCCUACAACUGAAGCUACAACCUCAGUAAAAUAUUCAACUCCAGUGACAACAGAGUCUACAACAGAUUUUUCAAUAUUUACUGGCCCAGUUUCUAGCAUACCAACUGUAUCCUCACCUCAAGAAAGUAAUAUAACGUCAGCAACACCUAUACCCAGUACUAUAAAUCCAACAACAACAACACCUUCUGUGACACCUGUAGCUAGUACUAUAAAUCCAACAACAACCACUUCUGUAACGCCUACACCCAGUACUAUAAAUCCAACAACAACCACUUCUGUAACGCCUACACCCAGUACUAUAAAUCUAACAACAACACCUUCUGUGACGCCUGGACCUAGUACUAAAUAUUCAACAAUAACAACAUCUUCUGUGACGCCUGUACCUAGUACUAAAAAUCCAACAACUACAACUUUUGUGACGUCUGUACCUAGUACUAUAAAUCCAACAACAACACCCUCUGCGACGCCUGUACCUAGUACUAAAAAUCCAACAACUACAACUUCUGUGACGUCGGUACCUAGUACUAUAAAUCCAACAACAACACCUUCUGUGACGCCUGUACCUAGUACUAAAAAUCCAACAACUACAACUUCUGUGACGUCUGUACCUAGUACUAUAAAUCCAACAACAACACCUGUGACGUCUGUACCUAGUACUAUAAAUCCAACAACAACACCUUCUGUGACGUUUGUACGUAGUACUAUAAAUCCAACAACAACACCUUCUGUGACGCCUGUACCUAGUACUAUAAAUCCAACAACAACACCUGUUCAGACGUCUGGACCUGGGACAACUCCAGUGUGUGAGUGCAGAGACGUGAUGAGGAAUCAAAGCUGGUCGUGUGGAGAAACCUGGAGAGAAAAUUGCGCUGAUAAAGCCUGUGUGGCUGGAGUGAUUGAGGUAAAACCCAUUAGCUGUCCAACAUCCCAAAUCAGAACGGACUGCCCCAGAAACAUGAUGUCGUUGGUCAGAGAUGAAGAGACUUGCUGCGAGAGCUGGAAUUGUGACUGCCAGUGUCAGGUUUACGGAGACCCGCAUUACAUCUCCUUCCAGGGCACAACCUUUGACUUCAUGGAGAACUGCACCUACACUCUAGUUGAGGAGCAAAUCCUGAACCAAAGAUUAAGCAUUACUGUAGAUAACUACUACUGUCUGCCGGAAAUCGAUGACUCCUGUUCCAGGGGAAUAACUCUAAACUACUGGAAUGACAUUGUCACACUUAUGGUGACAGAGGAGUACUCUGUGGAGUGUUCUUUGAACCAGGAGAUUAUAAUUCCACCGUAUGAAGAUCAGGUGUUCAGGUUUGAAAGCAGUGGUAGCGAGGUCUACGUCCACAUCAAACCUAUCCGUUCCCAUGUCUCUCUUACACCUUUCAACAGUCUGACAAUCAGCCUGGCAGAAGAGCACUUCCAAAACAACACCCAAGGACAGUGUGGUGUUUGUGGUGGACCUUCCUGCAUACGAAGGGAUGGUGUAGUUGAAGAAGACACUUGCUGCGAUAAGACUGCAUAUGACUGGGUUGUAGAAGACCCUGAGAAGUCCUAUUGCAAAUCUGUGCCCACCAACGUUCCCUGUGUCCCCCCAACACCUCCACCUUCCACAAACACACCCACACGCAUGCCUCCUCCACCUCCCACAAGCAUGCCUCCACCUCCACCUCCACCUCCCUGCAAUCCUACGAUAUGUGAUCUCCUGCAUCAUGGAGUGUUUGCUGAGUGUGCUGAAAGGAUCGAUCUUACGUUCGUGGAGAAGAAUUGUCGAUAUGACUACUGCGCGUACAACAGAUCUGUGGGAGCCUGUUCCUCUCUGGAGUACGCCGCCUCGGAGUGCAAGAAGAUCGGUAUUUGUGUGGACUGGAGAGGCCUUACCAAUGGCUCCUGUGAGAUCAGAUGUCCUGGCGGAAUGGUGUACGACGAGUGUCGCCAGUCUCCAAAUGAUGUCUGUCGAUCCGGGAUUCGGGUGAUUGCAACCUCUGUGGCUGGUCUGAAGUCAGGCUGCUUUUGUCCUGAAGGCCAGAUGCUUGCAGAGGAGCACAAGCAAGUCUGUGUGUCUCAGUGUACAAAUUGUAAAGGGCCACUGGGUGAGCCUAUGCCGGUGGGUGCAGUGUGGGAAUCAAACUGUCACAUAUGUACAUGUAAUAACCAGACUAGAACUGAAGAGUGCAGACCCAAACCUCCAGGACCCACUCCAGUGUGCGGCACCUACUCCAGCCUGACUUCUGACUGCUGUGGAAACCAGAUCUGCGUUGAGAAGAGUUGCGAGUACAAUGGACAGACAUACAAGGUGGGAGAUCGGUGGACAGACCCUUCUCAUCCGUGUGAGUCUUUCAGCUGCAGUCAAACAGGAACGGAGGUUGAGAAAACCGUGUGCCCAGUGCAAACCUGUGCUGAGGAAUUACGAGUGUGGGAUGAACAUCAUUGCUGCUACACAUGUAGGUUAACACAAAUGUUUGACUCUUGUUGCCCCACAAUUAAUGGAAAUGUAGCACAACACAGCAGGGUUUAG